AUGAGUUACAGAGUGCAGGUUCGCGGCUGGAAAGAACAGGAACAGGUUGAAAAACUACUGUUAACCUUUCACCAAGAAAUGCACGGAAGAAACUAUAAAAAGCCAGACAGCUUCAGCCAAGAAGGUUUAAAAGUGAGGUCUCUAAAAAAGAGAAGAGCAAAAACAUACACGGAUCAAGAUAGAAAUAUAAAUGCAGACACAAGUGUAUCGAAAAAUGUUACGAUGUUUAUGUGCACACCAAUAACUGAUCGGUAUUCUUCACCAAGUCUAUUUGAAAAGUUACAAUCUACAAAAACUAAUGCCAUAGGUUCAGUGAGGUGGAAUAAGAAGAAUAUGCCCAAAGAACUUGCAGCAACAAAACUGAAACGAUCUGAUAUGAUUUCAAGAUCGUCUAAUGAGAUGAUGGAAGUGGAAAAGAAGAGGUGGAAAAAUAAUAAUACCCCUGUUACAAAACCCGAUAUUGCUCUGGAGAAUAACGAUGGUAUGGGUGGGGUGGAUUUGUAA